AUGUUUGUUAAAAGUUAUAAACAUAAUCAAGAAAAUUUACAAAAUCUUACUCAAACAGCAGAAAAUGUUUCUUUUAUAAUAGAUUUCUGGUCUAGUAGAGCUAAAUACGAAUACCUUAGAAUCACUACAACCCGGGUUACAGCAAAUUUCGAAAUUAAAGAUGUCAUGUUAGAAAAUAAAUACAUUCCUUCCUCACACGCCAGUAGAGUCAUCACUGAUGAAGUUUAUAAGUAUAUUGAAGCUUGGAAUCUUAAAUACUAUAUAAUAUCAAUUAGUACCAAUAAUGAAUCAAAUAUGGUCGUAACUUUCCUCUUAUUAAACCAAAAAGAUGAAUAUGACAAGAUCAAACAUCUUCUAUAUACAGCUCAUACUUUUCAAUUGGUGAUUGGAAAGGGACUCACACCAGCUGAAAUCCUAGUAGUACUAAAUUAA